UUUUCCUUCUUCCCUCUUUCGUCUCUCCCCUCCUCUUCCCUUCUUCCUUGUUCAUACUUCAUAGUAUCAGUAGUAAGUUAUUUUCCUCUGUAAUUUAGCCUCGUUAGGGUUUUUCUUCCUCACUUCCUUCCUUCCAUGGCCGCCUCUAUCUCAACCUUCAACAUUCCUCUGCAAACCCGCCGCCGUAUCGUCCUCGGUCCGAGCAACCUCCCCCGUGACUUUCUUCCCCAAUUUUCGGCCAAUCGGACCGAGCAAUUCCGUUUCUCGGAAUCUCUAACCCUAAACGAUUGGAGCGGCAAAAGAAGGUUCCGAAUUUCGCCGGAACGCAAUGUGUUCGCCGGAGUGGAAGCCGACGGCGUGGAACAGAGCUACAAUUCGGUGGAGGACGAGCAAUUCGUGCGGUGGUUUCGCGAGGCCUGGCCGUAUCUCUGGGCCCACAGGGGAGGCACCUUCGUUGUCAUUAUCUCCGGCGAGAUUGUUUCCAGCCCUCACUUGGAUCCCAUUCUCAAGGAUAUUGCUUUCCUUCACCACCUUGGGAUCAGGUUUGUUCUUGUUCCGGGGACUCACAUGCAAAUUGACAAGCUGCUCGCCGAGAGAG